AUGGAUGAAGCAGAGCAAUUGUUGGCUUCGGCCGAGAGCAAACAAAAGGUUGCACCCGACAUACCAGUGCGAUGUGUUGCUCCGAUGCCCCCUCUACUCGCUUUGUAUUUACGCAGCCAUGCGCGGUUCCCGAAGUCGACUGUGAACUCUGCAGCGAAAGCGAAUCCCGAAACUCUCCCACCGACUAUGCGCGAAGCUAACGGAUUUCUGCUGUUGACAAAGGUUUUUGAGGAUCCUACAACUCUUCAAGUGCCCAUUCCACCUACACCGGAGGAGCAAGCACGGAUUCAUCCACCCUAUUCCGUUGCAUCGGAAGGCGGCCUUGUUGCAAAGCGCCAAGUUGAUCGUGACUCUUACUUCAUCCGGCGCUCGGACAGUCGAGGCAUUUACUGGAAGGUGAUUACGACCAAGGAUCCUCCUCCCAUUUCCCAACAGCUCAUAUCCUCAAGUUCCGAAGUACCGAAACCAUAG